AUGUCAUUCGAGAACCUGUCUGAGGUCCUCUGGUCAACCCCAGGCGGGAAAGGCCUCUUUGGGCUCUUUGACCACCACCCCACCAACAGCAACAUCAACAACUUCAAUGGUACAGACGGACUCAGCCUCUUCUACAACGACCCCAUCCCAGGCGUCGGCGACGGCACUAGCGGCAACGGAACACCCAACAACUUCCUUGUCGGCAUCUCUAUAGCGGUCGGAACCUCGUUCAUCCAGUCACUCGGUCUGACCAUCCAACGCAAAUCCCAUGUCAUCAACGAGGCGAUUCACCCUAAGGAGCUCCGUCGGCAAGCCUGCCAUCGCCCCCUCUGGCACUUGGGCUUCCACACUUACAUCCUGUCCAACCUCACAGGCACUAUCUUUUCGAUUGGCUAUCUGCCCGUGAUUAUCUUGGCGCCUCUCGGGGCAGUGACAUUGGUCUUCAAUGCCCUCUUUGCAAGACUCCUCCUGGGCGAUACCUUCUCAAGGCAGAGUGCAGCAGGCACAUUCCUCAUCUUGCUGGGCGCGAUCAUGAUUGGGCUGUUUGGAGUUGUCCCCGAGCCCAGCCAUUCGCUCGAAGACUUGAUCGAGCUCUGGAAACGACCAGCGUUCAUUAUCUACUUUUCGUUGAUCGAGCUGACGGUGGUCAGUCUAUUGGUAGCAAACAGGAUUGUUGAAAAGAUGUUGACCAAGAAUGCACAAGCGAGUCUGGCAGCACAUCAACGCACAGGAUCUGUAUCGGAUAUCGUCGGCGGUGGUGGCGCUGGUCCAAUCAAUAACAACAGCCUGAACCACGAUAUGCACUCAGGACCGUACGGGAAACUAUUGGGCAACAGGGCGUUUGGCAAAUUGAGUCCGACCAAGAUCAAGACAAUACUCGGGAUCUCGUAUGGGUGUGUGGGAGGCAUGCUGUCGAGUCAGGCGUUGCUCUUUGCCAAGAGUGCCAUUGAGCUCUUGUACCUGACGAUUGUUGAGGGUCAGAACCAGUUUGAGAAUCCUUUAAGUUGGUUCUUGGUCGUUGCUCUCAUCACAGCAGCGCUUCUUCAGUUGUAUUAUUUGAACCAAGGCCUUCGACUCUGUGACACCGUGCUCUUGGUCCCGCUCUCCUUCUGCGCCUACAACGUCUCGUGCCUCUUCAACGGGCUUGUCUACUACAACCAAUGGGGCCGACUCUACUGGUGGCAGAUCCUGUUGAUUCUUUUCGGGAUCAGUCAGGUCUUGAUUGGAGUUCUUGUCUUGGCUUGGAGACCUACGGCGGGAGAGGAGUACUUGGAUGAGGAUGGGGAUGAGGCGACGUUGUUGCUUCCUAAUGCUUCUCGGCCUGCGACUCCGAGACAUAGCAGGGUUUUCUCUUUCAAGGGCGUUUCUGGAGGCGGUGGCACAGGAGCUGGUAUCGGCGGUGGCGGAGGUGGACAUGGACAGGAUCCUUCGGCGGAUGCCAGGAAUCUGAUCCUUGGUUUUGAAAUGUAUGAUAGUGACGAGGAUGACGGGCUGGAUCAGGAUGAGAACAACAACAAUAAGCCUUUAGAACGCCAGCCUCAUCGUCGGGUAGUGUCUGUGCAGGAUCCAAGGCUGCUCUCGCGUGCAUCAGAACACCAUCAGAGCGAGAGUGACUCUUUACAGACUCCUCCACCACUACAGUCUUCCAAGUCUCUCACCUUUGCACCCAACAACCGACGACCAUCAAAAUAA